AGGAGUGAGCGGGCGUCGCGUGCACGUCCGCGCGGUCGACUUGCAGCGGGCUGUGAGAACUGACACGACCCCUUUGUCCUCCGCCUCAGAAAAUUAAAACGAUAAAAGCGAGUUUCCUUGUUACGUUUUUGAACUCUGGCGACAGAAGAAAGCCGCGGGAACACAAGUCUACAUUUUGUGUCAUAAAUCAGCCCUCGACGGUUGAGGUGUUAUUUUUUGUUUCGUCCCAUUUUCCUGAGAAGUUGGCCGACGCCGAAGGCUGGGCCUUGGCCGUCCCGGGCUCUAACGGUCUCUCCUGUGACCCUUUCACGAUUAUCUUGUGUUUUAUUCUCUUUUGUUGUGAUUUCGACUGCGAAGCAGCCGGCGAAUUCAUCCUUUUCUACAGCCCAAUAAAUGCUCGUCACGACAAUGGACCUGUUGAACUACCAGUACUUGGACAAGAUGAACAACAACAUACUUUGCUACGAAGGUGAAGCAGCUCUGAGAGGCGACCCCAGGAUGCAGUCUGUGUCCAUGACGACCACUGUGGCCGGCCACAGGAUGGGCCCUUCUCCCAUCAGCCCCAGCAAGAGGAAGCAUAGUGGGGACCAAGUGGACAAUGGUGAUGGAGACUGUGAUAAUGAACAUGUGGCCAAGAUGAGCCGUCUUUUUGCCACGCAGCUGGGUAAACCAGCUAAUGGCGACUACCGCAAGGACCCCCGGGACCGAAGCCGCAGUCCCAUUGAACGCGCUGGUGUUGCCCCGGGCAUAUCUAUCCACGGGAAUCACGUCUACGGCCAUCUGCCUGUCAUGGGCAUGGACCAGCCCCUUGCGUUGACCAAAAACAAUGGGGACACUGUGCGCUGUGUGGCAGUGCCACCCAGCCCGGCGCCGAUUGAGCGUCAGCAGAACCGUCCUUCAGUCAUUACCUGCGUGUCUGCAAACAACCGCAACUGCAACCUGUCUCACUGUACCGUGUCGCACAAUGGCUGCAACUCCAGCAUGUCACUCAAUUACAGGAGGCCGUCCAACACUAACACGGCCUGUGAUCCGGUGAUUGAGGAGCAUUUCCGUCGCAGCUUGGGGAAGAACUACAGGGAGCCUGAGCCGGCUGCCAACUCUGUGUCCAUCACAGGUUCUGUGGACGACCACUUUGCCAAAGCGCUUGGUGAGACCUGGCUGCAGAUCAAGGCCAAGGGCAGUGGGUCUGGAAGCCCUGACUCCUCCCCUUCCAAUCACAUAGUCAACCACAGCCACUCUCCCUCGGUGGUAUCGUGAGGAGCGCACACCAACUGUGGCCUUCUUGGGGGGUGUCAAUGGAGCAAGGAACAAUGCCAGCUGAUAGCCAUGUACAUACAGAUGGAGGGAGAGAAGGCAGAAGCUUUUUCACUUGAUUUUUUUUUUUUUUUUUUUGUUAGCAUCUUUGCAUACAUGCUUGGCCUUUUGCAUUAUUCACUGCCCUAAAUGAUGAAUUAGCCAGAAUUUUUUUUUUUUUUUUUUUUUUUUUUUUUUUAAGGAGUUAUCACAUAGCUUCCUAACUGUCUGUCUCUGUUACCAAAGAAAACCUCUGAUGCAAAUCCUGUUGCCCUGUAAAAAGAAAAAAGCCAUUCUCUAGUCGCACCCCCACCUUUUUCCUGUUUGCUUCUCGUUCCUGCAGACACGUAUGGUUUGCUCCGCCCCACCUUUCUGAUUUGUCAUUGUGUACGUGUUUUACUUGAAGAGUAAGGCCCAGUCUGAUUUGCACUACUGGAUUGAGGGUUUGAGGUUUCGUGCCAACCUUAUGUCGGAUACACAGCUUUUCUUCCUGUGAUUUGCGGGCAAACUGCUAAGGAAAUUGGUUAAGUGGUAAUGUUGCAUCUGUUUUCUCUAGGGGGAAGGCAAAGAAAGAGCUGGGGCAAGGGUGUGUGUGGCAUUCUUCUAGCUUUCAUUCAGUUGGCUGGUGCUUUCAACUGGACAGCGUCAUUCUCUAAACAUGGGCAUUUACUAGUUUUGUCUCCCCAGGCACUGUGGAUUCUGUAGAGUAGACACGAUUGGAAAGGUAAAGUAGUGCUUACAGAUGCAUGUUUUAAAUAGCUGGUAUCUAUUAUUGUAUAGACAUUUCAAUCUUAAUACAGUUAGUCUUUCCUCAGAUUUAGUUUAUUUUUGUCGGUAACAGUCCUAGAUAUACUUACUGCUGGUACAGUUGUACUCAUAUAUAUAUAUAUAUAUAUUUUUUUGUCUCUUCCUAACCAUUAUGGUAGAAGCCAGCAACAGAGCGUCGCCUCCGGAUAGGCCUUCUAUAUAUAAACAAUUCAAUGUUAUGUUAAUCCAUGGUACAGGAUGCUAUAGCUUUGUGCAUGACUGAAUAAGGUAAAUAUUAACAGCUGUAGACUGGUUGAGCCUGACAGUUGACUAUCUCCCUAAUAAUGUCAAGACAUUUUUUUUAAUAUAUUGUUUUAUCUACUCUUAAACAACAUUGCAUGUAGCACAUGGUUGGCGCUUGAUACUCUCCCCCCCCCCCUCCCAUUUUUUUUUUUUUUUUUUAAUACCCUGUAUCAAGGCAACAUACAUUCCUCCAACAGGGAACUUUGUACUGGUGUUACAAUUAACCCCCCC